AUGACGUAUUAUAAUGGCUCCCAAAGAAACAAAUAAUAGCGUUAAAAUACUAAAAUUACGCUUUUUAAAUUCCUAGAGGCAUUUUAAAUAAAAAUUAAAAACAAAACACAAUUCUACUAAUCUAUAUCAAACCUAUCUUAAUUUAAGAUAAUUGCUGCAUAAUGACUUGGACGUGACUACAAAAUGGAGGAGCAAAGAAAAGAAUCAAUGGGUUUUCAGAUUCAGAAUCUUAUCAAAGAUGAUGUGAAUAGCCUUUCCAAGUCCAAUCCUUCACAUCUAACUCUUCUAAGUAAUGAUCAGAUGCAGCAGAACAGAGUUGAAAGUCUCAUGUCUUUAAUGCCUGAUCACGUUAAAAUUGAACAGGCUGCUCAUGAAAGGUACUGUGCAGGUGCCAACGCUCCAUGCUAUCAUAUGCCUGAUGGUCUUAUGAAAAGCACACAACUUCCUGUUCACAUGCCACUUUACGAUAUGCAUUUCAAAUAUGAAACCAACAGUGCCAUUCAGAAAAACAGUAACUUUGAUGAGAACAAGUUAAUGCCAGUAUGUGGUCAGUACUAUCCAUCUGGUGGUAUGAGAGGUCAUGGAAUGGUGGAAGCUGGGAUGCCUAUUUCUGAGAUAGAAUCUGAGGACCAGAUGGUUAGACGGCCUUAUAAAUGCGAUCUUUGCAACAAAUCUUUUCAGUAUAAGUGGCAUUUUACUAGGCAUCAGCAAACACAUACUGGUAUUAAGCCUCACCUUUGCAACAUAUGUCACAAAUCUUUCAGCAACAAAAGCUACUUGAUGCAUCAUCAGAAGAUACAUACUGGUGAAUGCAUCUAUGUCUGCAAUGUGUGCCAUACAAGUUUCGCCACUAAUUACCAACUUCGGCGGCACGAAAAUGUUCAUAAGAAUGAUGGGAAUUACCAGUGCACGACAUGCAGCCGAAUUUUUAACACAACUGACAAGCUGAAGCGACAUGAGCGGGUCCACUCAGAUGAGAAACCUUUUGUCUGCCUGGUUUGUGGAAAAACAUUUCUCACAAAGUUUGAGUACAAGCGGCAUGAGAUGCACCACUCUGGGGAAAAGCCAUUUGUUUGUGAGGUCUGCAACAAGGCCUUCUUAACUAACCACUUCCUGAAGCGCCACCAAAGAAUCCACACUGGAGAAAAGCCUUACGCAUGCGAGACCUGCGGCCUGUGUUUUACAACCUCUUUCCAGCGUCAGAGACACAGACAGAAGCACCCUGGUGUGAACCCAUACCAGUGUGAUAUAUGCAACAAGGUUCUUAGCUCAGAGAGCAACUUGGACAUCCAUAAACAGCUCCAUGCCAUAGAAUUACACUACAGGUGUGACAUUUGUGGCUCCAACUUUUCCAAAAACUACUUGCUGAAGAGGCACCAACAGAUUCACUAUAAGAACAGGACCAUGCUUACAUAAUGCUACUUUUGUAAUGAAAUUUGUAAUUUAAAUCGUAUUCAGUGUCAGUAAAAAAAACAUUUGAAAACUUUUGUUUGACUAAUUUAAAUUCAAAGGAACAUGCCACUUCUCAAAUAUUGGUUUUGUUGUGAAUUUGCAUCUUGUAUAGUCACCAUAUUUUACAUUUAAAUAAUUUGCUUUCUUUCCUAAUGAAAUAUUUCCAAUUGUACAAUGUAUUGUAAUAUCCCUGGCUAUGAAAUCAGUAUAUAUUAUAUAUAUAUAUAUACAUAUAUAGUUUUUAAUUUACAUAUAUUGUUGUUUUUUUUUCAGUUUUGAUUUCUAUAGUUUAUAAUAAAAGGUUAUGCAAUGUUCAAAAUUAGCACAUUUGUACUUACUUGUAUUUCUCAUUUCAUGGUAAUAAGAAAUGAAAAGGUGGAAAACUCAAUAAAUAUCAAUAGAAGAAACAUUUUUGAUUAUCCUCAAUAGAAAUAUUGUAUAUAAAUUUUAUUCUCAAUGAAAAGAUAUGAGCACAGUACAUACAACAUUCCUUCUGAUACAUUUUAAGCUCCUAGCUUGAAAAAUAGUUAACAAAAAAAAAAAUAUUUUUACAAUACAUCUAUUUAACUCAUACCUUCAAGAAACUUCUGUCUAGGUAGGCUUUAAUGAUAUUCCAAGAAAUUUUACAGUUGAUGUAUAUGGUUGGGAAAAGGAUUACUAGCUCUUUAGCCACACUAGGAAAACUCUAGUUUGAUUGUUAUAAUUUUAAUAUUGUUAUAAUUUGUUUAAUUUGUUAUAAUAUUAUAAAAGUAUAAAAAGGAAUAUGUUUCAAUUCAUCUAGAGAACUAGAAAAUAUUUAUCCUGAGCAGAUUGUAGGCCUUUGCAUUCAUUCAAGAGUGUAGCAAAUUAAUGUUCAGGAACAUUUUGUACUUCCUCUAAAUCUAAAGGCUUAUCGUAUUAUUAUUUUUCAAAUCCAACUUUCAUUAGUUAUUAAGAAUGGCUAUAUAAGUUACAACUUACAAGUAGAAAGGAGGUAUUGUAUUUUUGAAAAAGGAAUUAUAUGUUUUUUCUUGUUUAAAUAUUAAGUUUCAC